AUGUGGUUAGUUAUUUUAUUAUUGUUAAUCAAAUAUGUUGUUUCAAAAACAAUUUAUUAUGAAAAUGUACUUGGUUAUAAAUGUCAAACAAAUGAAAAUUGUUUUCAUUUUGUACCAAAUUCAAUAUGUUUUAAUAAUAAAUGUAUAUGUCAAUUCGGAUAUAGAUCCAAUGGUUUAUCGGAAUGUGUAUACGAAUUACGCUAUCGUCGACAAGUUAAUUUUGGAAUUCGAAUGUUAGGUGAAGAAUGUUUUUCAAAUGACGAAUGCCGUCGAACACCAGUUGAUGGAGCAAAAAUAUGUUUAUUAAAUCAAUGUCAAUGUUCAUCUGGACAUGUACCAAUUGAUGCUUAUCGGUGUAUUCGAGAUUUUGAACAAUUACCAUCAAAUACACGAAUUAUUAAAUCAUCUGAUAAAGAAGAUCCUCCUGGUUAUGGUUCAAUAUGUUUGACUAAUCGUGAUUGUCAACAUUCUACAGUUCGACUUGAAUGUCUUCGUGGUACUUGUGUUUGUUUGGAUGGUUAUGUGCCAUUGGGAAAGUAUUUAUGUUAUAAUAUUCUUGGAGAAGGUGAACCAGUUAUAGAAGAUUUAAUUUUGACUUCUUCUCUUCCUACAACAACAUCCAUAAGUGAUAUACGUGAUGAUGAAUUGAUUAAAUCCUUAGGGAAAUUAGGUGCUACAUGUACAGAUGAUUAUUAUUGUCGACAAUCUGUAUAUCAAUCGCAUUGUUAUAAUGGCAAAUGUUCAUGUAUGGAUAAUUAUAUAUCACUUGAUUCUUAUACUUGUACUGAAGAUAAAAAUCAAGAUUUAACGACAACAACAAUCUCAGCUGCUUAUAAAAGUUUAUUAGGAGGAAAAUGUCAAAUAGAUCAAAACUGUCAAACAGGAGAUGCUGUAUGUUUAAAUAAUAUUUGCACUUGUCCAAAUGAUUAUUUUCCUAUUGAUGAUUGGAAUUGUUUAGCAGAUCCAGAUUUAAUUAAAAUAAAGACAACAGUUACUACAACAACAACAACGACGACGAUAACAACAACUGGUUUUAUUUGGUGGCCAUGGUCACCAUCAUCAACAACAUCACGUUCAGUAAUAAUGAAUGCAAAAAAUACAUUUCCUUUUCGCUGUGUGCUUAAUCGACAAUGCUUUACUAUAGACAUAUAUUCUCAUUGCACAUCAUUUGGACGUUGUGUAUGUAAUAUUGGUUAUAAAUUAGAAACAAUUAAUAAUGAACAAAAAUGUGUUCGAAAACUUAAUAAUGAAAAUGAUUGUGACUAA